GAUUUAGUAUAUGAAAUCAGCACUAAUUUGAAACUUUUUAACUAUUGCUUGUACUGUGAAAUUCUUGAUAUUCUCUGGAGUAGGGGUUUUCUCAUCCUCUGCUAGUAAAGUAUAGUCGGUCGGGGAUAUACAGGGUAAGGUGCACACAUAGACAUUUAUGCUUGUGUUAUAUUCUUUAGGUCAUCACUGUGACAUUUCCAAAUCCGAAAGCCUAAACUAUUAUAUUAGUUUCCUGAAGGCAGAAUAGGCUUGAGACUAGUUGAUCUGGGGGUCAGGACAGGUCUUUUGAUCUCCAGCCUUUCAGGGAAGAGUUAUUUACCCCUACUAAGCAUAGACGUAGGUUCCGUUUGCUACAAUUACAUCACACUAGGUGAGCUUGGCAGAUAUUUCUGUAUAAAUAGAAGAGGACAUUUCAAACACUCCACAGUUCUGCUCAUCUAGUGAUCUUGACCUUCUGACCUGAACUUCUACCUGCUUACCUGAAGAACCAUUCAUUACUUUCACUAUGGCUGCACAAGCUGAGAAGAGGUCUACUGAUCGCAUGUUUGUGUACUGUCUGCGGUGCCAAAAGCCACAGUACAUGUUGUCUAAACAUCUGGCCAGGGUCUGUAUGAAAAGCAGCACACCACAAGAAAGAGCGUCUGAGGUGCAGAAGGCCAGGGAUUCCACCAAGAAUUGGACCCGGACCAGGAUUUGGGAUUACAACCAUAUCUGUGAGAUGCUACCCCACCUGGAAUGUCGUUUAGCCCUGGUGAUUGAGCUUCUUGGGAAGGAGCACUUCAUCAGAAACAUGCCCCCUGAGACCAUGGCCGUACACUCUGCAAGUGACGACACCUCAGCAACUGCCACCAUAUGUGUUGGCACCUCUCCCCCCUCUUCACCACAAGGGACUGAUGACAGGGACUUGCCCUCUUCUGAUCUGGAUGAGAGGACAGGAGAACCUUCCUGUGUGCGUGGUAAAAUGCUAAAGGCGGGUCUAUAUUCAAAGUUUCCUGAUAAUGCCAGUCUCAUUUCGGACUUCAAAACGUACCUCACGGACAGUCUCAGCAUCACCAACUCUCAACAGGAGGCUAACAACGUGUCACGCUUCCUGCGCUAUUUGCAGCCCAAGGGGGAUGAGCCAAAUCUGGACUUCCUCAAGAAGAGCAAAGAUACACGAGAUUACUUGACAAAACUACGACUGACAGACAUGAGCGCAGCCAACAUUCUGCUCUACAUUGAUAACAUGAUACGAUUCGUAGGCUUCCUGAAGAUAAAGCUUGAUCUGGGAAAGGAAGGCGCAGAGCUCCAGUCCAUGUGCCAAGCGUACAAGGACCUGCUGCUGUCACUGAGGAAGCCGGUUGCCAAGGCUUGUUUCCAUGCAGUGGUCACCAAGUAA